AUGAAACCAAAAACUGAAGAUGAUCCUACACCAAGGAGAAACGUACCUAGUCCAUUCUUUGUGUUAUUGCUGGGAUUUUUCAUGUUGGUAGCGUUUGUGACGACAGCUAUUGAAGAUGAGCUGCCGAGGCCAAUUGGAGAGCAAGAAAUUGGAGUCAAUGAUUCAAACACGUUCAGCGAGGAGUCUGCAAAAAAAUAUCUACAGAUAAUACUUGGAGACAAGCCAAGAGUAUUUGGUCUGGAAUACCACUAUAUCAAAACGAGGGACUUGAAGAACCUUUUUGAUAGUAUUGCUGCAAAAUCAAACAUACCGAUUCACACAGAUUGGCAACUUGUUGAUGGUUAUUUUUGGUUAUCAAUAGGUUCACCCAGUGUUUACAGAAACCUGUCAAAUGUAAUAGCAGUCUUGGAAGGUGAAAGUGGGUUUUACCCCAAUGGUACCAUUGGAACAUCGAUCCUUGUUAACUGUCACCACGACUCUGUCCCAUUUGCAAUUGGUGCAUCAGAUGAUGGGUUGUUUUGUGCCGCCAUGGUCGAAACAUUAGAAAAGUUAUCACGACGUACAACUAAACUGAAACACAAUAUUAUAUUUAUCAGCAAUGGAGCUGAGGAAAUGGGGUUACAGGUAACAGACGCUAGAGUACUAGAAGCAUUUAGAAGAUCAACCUCAAGACCGAUGGCUCAAAGUUUAGGAGAAUUCCUCUUUACUAACAGAAUUAUACCAUCUGAUACCGACUUCCGGAUAUGGAGAGACUUCGGUGAUAUCAUGGGUAUCGAUUUAGCGUUCGUUCAAUGGGGUCACAUAUACCACACACGAAACGACAGGAUUGAGUUAAUUAGAGACGGCGUCAUGCAAAAUGCUGGAAACAUGCUUCUUCCCCUCGUACAGACCUUGGCAGACUACGAAGGCUUAGUUAACAGAGUUCCACGUUCAACAGCCGUAUAUUUUGACUACAUGGGCUGGUUUCUCAUAACAUUUACACGAUCUGCGGCCCUGGCGGUUGACAUACUCGUUGUGCUGUUGGGAUUUACGAGUGUCGCCUAUCCAAUAUUCAUAUUUGGAAUUAGUACACAGACAACUUUGUCGUUCAUUCGUGAGUUGUUAUGGUCUCUCGUGGGUCGUUUUCUAAGCAUAGUGAGUGGAGCAGUCGUUAUCACCGUGUUUGCUUCUAUUAUGAUCGCUACGACCAUACAAAUGAGAUAUCCUACUAUAAGUAAUUUCUUAUUUAUAGACAAAACUGGACUCAUCAAUGCGGACUAUUCAAGCAAUGGCGGCCACACGUUUCAUCAUAACGGUGUUUAUGCUGGCUCUAUGCUGCAUACCAAUGUUCUUCAACGUCAGAUAUCUGAUAGGAACUCCUCUGUUCUUGAUGUGUGUCGGCAGUAUGAUCUCUAUGACGGUGGUUCGAUACUCUAA